UCUGCACUUUGCAUAGACAGCCCAAGCAAGCACCAAUGAAACACAAUCCGAAAAUAGUGGCGGACUUUUUCAGCAACAGCCUGGAAUCCUUCCUUGCUUCCAGAGACGCAUUCCGCAUUCUCUGCACGCUACCGCAUGGGGAUCCAGUGCUGGUGCCGCGGGCACCCGUGCGCCCAGUACACCAGCUCAUUGUGCUCGACUCGAGCUUUAACCCGCCGACUAAAGCCCAUGCGCAAAUGGCCCGGUCGGCCAUAUUAAACGCCAAUACAGAGAUUGCCAAUACGAGAUUACUGCUGCUGCUGGCGGUCAAUAACGCGGACAAGGCGCCCACACCGGCCAGCAUCCCCUCGCGCUUAAACAUGAUGGAUGGGUUUGGCCGGGGAUUGCUGGAGCAAUUUGGACCGCAUGGAUUGGAGAUUGAUGUAGCGGUCACAACGAUGCCGUACUUUCACACAAAGUCCCGGCUGAUUUCACAGUCGUUCGCGCAGCAGAUAAACACGGAACAGGUCUUUCUGACGGGCUUUGACACCGUCAUCCGCGUCUUCAACCCAAAGUACUAUGGCGAUGGAUACUCUACGGUCUCGACGUCAACAGGCAUGACGCCCAUGCAAGUGGCUCUGGGCCCGUUGUUUAAUCGAGCGCGGCUACGGGUCACUAUGCGGCCAGACGACGGCUGGGGCUCGGCGGAGGACCAGCGCGAGUAUAUUGGGAGACUUGGCCGAGGCGAGCUUGAUCAUUUAGGUGUGGACAGGGGCUGGAUAAGCAGGAUUGAGCUUGUCGAUGGAGCCAAUGGUGCCGGGAUAAGCAGCUCCAAGGUCCGUGAAGCUGUGUUGAAUGGAAAUGCUGCCGUCGUGGAUUACAGCGUUGACCCAGAGGUGAGAGAGUGGAUUGGUCUAGAAGGAUUGUAUCGGCAAUAACCCUAGCUGAGCUAUUAUGAAUACGAAUGAAACAAACCUUGUCAUGAUGAACCAAAGAGAAAAUUUUUCUCCUUGUUGACUAGGUGAAUGUCAUGGAUAUGGGCUUUUGGAUGCAAAGUGAAGGCAGGGUGAGAGUUGCAGGGUUUUUGGUUUUACAGUGGACGUCCAGCGUAUAAUGGCACAGUGGACAAUGGCCUUGACAGCUGUAUCUUUCACAGCAAAACACACCGCCUGGUGAGCCAAUAUGAAAUGACUCGCAACAUUAGAUUACGGAGCAGAAAAUAUUAUGAAAAAAUCCAGACAAACACGCUCAACCAUGCCCAAUUCCAGCAUUUUGAUUCAUC